AUGCCUCCGAAAAAGGCUUUUAAUCCAAAGAGGGCCUGUGAUAUCUGUUACGCCAAGAAGACUGUGUGUCUGUUACCUACACCAGAAGGCCCCUGCGAGAGAUGUGUUUACCGUAACCUUGAGUGCACAUUCGAUCGAGAGAAGCCCUCGAAGAAGCGGCGGAUUAGGAAUUCCUCUAGCAAUGCAUCAAGCGAGUCGCAGGCAUUAGCUCAACGAGUCAGACAGCUUGAGAAUGCUCUGGCUAUCAACCAAGCCGAUCCGAGACCGGGGGAGUCACGUUGCCAUAUUGCCAGCCCCAAAGAGCCAGGAACAGCCGCUUCAUUGGCAGCUAGCUCCUUAACACGUGGUCGGAAUGGAGUAGUCCUUUCCACAAGGUCCCCAUGCUCAUUUCUAUCAUCAAGUACAGUGACCAAUACCUGCAGUCCGGUCACUGCGGAUGAUAGCGCCGGAGUCGAUGUUUCAGCUUAUCAAUUGGGACCAAACUGGUUUUUCAAUGGUAUACCGAUCUUCUCUGAAGAAGGAAUUAAGUGGCUUUCGGCAAGAACAGACCAAAAUGUCAAAUCGGAAGAAUUUUUGAUUCCCAUAACUGACCCAAGCGCGCUUUCUCUUAUUGAGUCACCUGGAGAAAUAUGCCAUUUGCCAGACCAAGAUGAAACCCGACGAAUAUUGAAUGCCCUUUUCGAGUCUCCAUUUAGACUGACAUUCCCAGUCAUAGACGAAUCUUUAUUUGAAAGAACUAUGCAAAUUGCUUACGACCCUGUGGAUAAAAAUAUGGCAUCUGCCACACAGCUCGCUGCCAGGGCGUGCGUUUUGGCUGUUCUUUCUAUCACAACUUGGUCAACUGCGUCACAUCAGAGUACCCAAAUUCUAGACAGAGAAAUGUGUGCUGCAAAGGCCCAAAUCAUCCUGGUAAAUCUGGCAGAGAAUAUCAGUUUAGACACCCUCCAAGCAAUAAUUCUGCUACAACUGCAAAAAAGUUUCAAGGGCCGCUGGAAAGGAGCUGCUUUCUUCAAUUCUAUUUCGUGUCGCAUGAUCUGCUCUUUAAGGGGCCAUAUCUACACCUCGCCAAAAUCAGAUCGUGAAAGUACUUUUUCUGAACGCGAAAGAAAUCAUACUCGAACAUUGUUCUGGCUAUGUUAUAUGCUCGACAAGGACGUUUCACUUCGCACUGGAAAUCCACCACUCCUCACCGAGACUUAUUGCGAUCUUACUGCACCAGUUGGUACAGAAGAUUGUGCCUACUUUCCGACAACAGAUCUAUCUCCUGAGCUCACCAGUCCAGCCUCUAGACCUCUCGCUCCCCUCGCUUCUAAUCUUUCGGGCGAUACUUGUCUCAGUCACAUGAAGGAGAAGGUGUGCCGUCAAUUAUUUUCUGCCCAGGCCAUGAGAUACAAUGAUGAUCAACUUCUUCUUAACAUAAGGCAACUGGACGAUGAGAUUGAACGCUGGCGAAUAUCGCUUCCAAGUGAUGUCCGCCCUGCACUUUCUGUCUCACAUAAUUCUUUACCGCAUUCAGCUGAAGGUGAUAUACAAUUAAUUGCUCGACGAAUGUCUCUACAACUGGAAUAUCACCAUCUUAUGACCGUUGUUCACACGACAGUCAGAAAAUGCACCCCCGGUGAUGCGAAUGAGUCCGAAGGCCUUCAUGCCGUUGUCCAUUCAAGCUUCGAUUUAUCACUCGAGGCGAGUCGGUCAACCAUUUUGUGCCUGAGAUUCCUCCUCAGCAUAAUUGCAGAGCAAUCCUUUCCAUUUUUCACGUCCUAUUUCACUACCGCCGCACUGGCGAUAUUUCUUGACAUAGUCAUUCAUCCACUUGGGCCCCAAGCACAACUCGAUUUAGAGCUUCUCAUGUCGGCUGCGAAUACUAUCAAGUCCAUUCCGUCGCAAAAUCUCGCGCAGGAUGAGAUUAUCCUCGUGAAAGAGAAAAGCAAAUUUGUGAUGCGACUGGUAUGGCUUGGAACCUGCGCAAUCACCAAAGCAGAUCGGGAGAAAGAUUUCGUCAAUUCAUAG